ACCAGAAAGUUCUUUAUAAACUUCAAAAUGGAAUCCUCUAAGAAGGUUACUCUCUCAGUGCUGAGCCGGGAGCAGUCAGAGGGGGUUGGCGCUCGGGUCCGCAGAAGCAUUGGCAGACCUGAGUUGAAAAAUCUGGAUCCAUUUUUACUGUUUGAUGAGUUUGAAGGAGGAAGGCCGGGAGGGUUUCCUGAUCACCCACACCGAGGUUUCGAAACAGUAUCUUACCUUCUGGAAGGGGGCAGCAUGGCCCAUGAAGACUUCUGCGGACAUGUUGGUAAAAUGAACCCAGGAGACCUACAGUGGAUGACUGCAGGCCGGGGCAUUCUGCAUGCUGAGAUGCCCUGCUCAGAGGAGCCAGCCCAUGGCUUACAGCUGUGGGUGAAUCUGAGACGCUCAGAAAAGAUGGUGGAGCCUCAGUACCAGGAACUGAAAAGUGAAGAGAUCCCGAAACCCACCAAGGAUGGUGUGACAGUCGCUGUCAUUUCAGGAGAAGCCUUGGGGAUAAAGUCUAAGGUUUAUACACGCACACCAACCUUAUAUCUGGACUUCAAGUUGGACCAAGGAGCAAAGCAUUCCCAGCCUAUUCCUAAAGGGUGGACAAGCUUCAUUUACACCAUCUCUGGAGAUGUAUAUAUUGGACCGGAUGGUGCUCAGCAAAAGAUAGAACCCCAUCACACAGCGGUGCUUGGAGAAGGUGACAGUGUCCAGGUGGAAAAUAAGGACCCCCAAAAAAGCCAUUUUGUCUUAAUUGCUGGGGAGCCAUUAAGAGAACCAGUUGUCCAACAUGGUCCAUUUGUGAUGAACACCAAUGAAGAAAUUUCUGAGGCCAUUCUUGAUUUCAGGAAUGCAAAAAAUGGUUUUGAGGGGGCCAAAACCUGGAAGUCAAAGAUUGGAAACCUGUGAAGAGCUGAAAUUCUGCCAUUUGGAUGGACUGACCAUUCAGUAUAUUCAAUUUCCAAAGCUGGUUUAGCUGGUGCUUCUAAAGAAUUUCACAUUAAGCCGGGUGGUGGUGGCACAUCCCUUUAAUCCCAGCACUUGGGAGGCAGAGACAUGCAGAUCUCUGAGUUUGAAGCCAGCCUGGUCUACAGGCCAGUUCCAGGACAGCUAGGGCUACACAGAGAAAUCCUGUCUUGAAAAGCCAAAAGUAAAAAAUAAAAAAAGAAUUCCACAUUAAAAUGAAAAGGUGGUUUUUGUAGUGAGUCAUCAGGAUGCAUUAUAUACAUGUAUGAAAUUGUCAAAAACAGAUUUAUCUAUUUUAAAAAGGCAAAGUACAAACAAUAAAAAUGGUAGUAGUAUAUGCAAAUAAUUCUAAUUGUUGCUUCUCUAAAAAUCAAUGUUCUUCCUUUUGAUGGAAAUUAUUAAGCUAUUAAAAACAAUUGCUUAUGUACAUGUGCUUUUUA